GCUAAUGAAUGGAAGGAACAUGAACGAGAAGUUGGAGAUGAUAGUAGGCUUAUAAAGUUGCAUGAGAGAGAGAAGGUGUGGGGCCUUACGUUCAGUGAGGUCCCCCUCACUUUUCUCAUGGGUAGCAUAAAAAUUCAGAUAUGCUUAGAAGGUGAGAGGAGCAGCAGCAAAGCAGAGGCUUUGAUAGUCUUGUUAGUGAGGAGAUGGAAACUAGAGAGCUUCAUAAUGUGAAUUCCAAGCUCUGUGUAAGAGGCCAUUGGAGACCUGGCGAGGAUGUUAAGCUUAAGGAGCUUGUUGCUCAGUAUGGCCCUCAGAACUGGAAUCUCAUUGCAGAGAAGCUGGUUGGAAGAUCAGGCAAGAGCUGCAGAUUGAGAUGGUUCAAUCAGUUGGAUCCAAGAAUAAACAGAAAGGCCUUUACUGAGGAGGAGGAAGAAAGGCUUCUUUCAGCUCAUAAGUUCCAUGGCAACAAAUGGGCAUUUAUUUCCAGACUUUUUCCAGGAAGAACAGACAAUGCUGUAAAGAAUCACUGGCAUGUGAUAAUGGCAAGAAGACAGAGAGAGAUUUCUAAUGCUUAUAAACGUAGAAAAUCUUUAACUUCCUCUUUCAAAUCUUCACUAAAAAUGGAGAAAAAUAAUAAUAAUAAUAGUAAUUCAAGUAACGAGUGCACCAGCUCAAGAAAGUUUCAUCUUUCUCUGUUCUUCAACUGUGACAAAUUUCCUGAGAAUUCAUUUCUCACUGGCUCUGAUGGAAAAUCUGAAGCUUCAGCAGCAGGAACAGUGGUCAGCCAUGAAAGGGAGAAGAUGAGCUUACCUUUCAUUGAUUUCUUAGGUGUUGGAGCAACUUAGGUAGUCAGUUUUGUCAGAGGAGAAGCUUUGGGGAUAGAAAUCUUAUGGAAUUUCAUAUAAAAAAAUAUGUUAAGUAAUAAUUAUUGUCAAUCAUUUUUAUAUUGAGAUUUAUGUUCACAAAAGAAUAUAAAUCUUAAUGUGAUGAUAAAUGUUUCUUAUUGAAACUUUUAUAGGGAAUUUCCUCUAAGAUUUCUAAUAAGUUUUUUUUUUCUUAUGGAUGGUGAGGCCUUCAAUCUCUAUCUUAGAGUUCUUUCACUGCAUGAAUUUUGUUAACAACGAUGUGAACU